AUGGACAACCCAAGACAGCAACAACUUCCUCAGCCUGGGCAACAGCAGCUUCAGGGCAUGACGGCUCAGCAGAGACACGCGCUCAUGAUCAACAAUCAGCAACAGGCCCACAUGGCCGCGAAGAGGGAAGCGGAUCUCAAGGACAGGCAGGAUCGAAUCCUAGAUAUGCUCAAGCCCGAAAACAAGCACAAAGCGGUCGCCAUUACGAGCAUUGAGCAAUAUAUCGCAGUGGACACCGUAUACAGAUCCUUGAGAAAUCAGGAUAAGAAGGGUCGAGGGGCGACCAUGGGUGGUUUUCCCAAGACAACCGCCGAUCAAAAGGCACGCAUUGAUCAGUUGUGUACGGCAAUUCUGGACUUCAGCAAUCUGAUCGACAGGCCAAACAAGAGAAGUGCAGCUGAAGAUACUUCAAUUGCGAACACAGCGGUCGAAGCCGUGAAGGCCCUGGCAUCUAUUGAGGUCCAGCUCCUCGCGUGGAAAAUUCUCUGCUCCACCUGCGACGCCCACUGUGGCCGCCACAACAUCGCGAUGUGGAACAAGCAGUGGAAAUUCAGAGAGUACGAUAACUUCGAAUCGCGUUUUCAAGAUGUUCUUGUUGCCGUGACGCGCAGUAAAUCCAUCGUCAAGAGCAUACUCGAUUCCGAUGUCCCUUUUGCCAAGCGCAUUGCUGCCGCUCCGAAAGACGAGCUCAAGUUGAAGCGAGGUAACCAGGCAAUCAAUGACAAGAGGGCACACGAGCGCGAUGAGGCAAAGAAGCUCAAGCGGAAGAAUGACGACGGCAAGAGUGGCAAUGUUGCCUCAGACCAGCUCCUUCCGCCUGGAUUUAAUGAAGCUGAUCUUUGUCUCGACGGAGACUUCGAUCUGAAUUUCGCCACGGAGCCGAGCCUCCAGAGCGCCGGAGAAGAUGUUCAAGAUCAUGGAGAGACCAUCUACAACCUGAACUACGGGGUCCACAAUGACCUUUUCGCCGCUUCUACAGGUAGCGGUCCCGCGAACAACCUUACAUUUGGAGCUAGCGGUUCUGGUGCCAUGCACUGCGUCGCGGAAGACGGAGCUCCCCAGUACACGCAAGCGAAUACCCAGCAGGGUAUCACUCAGGUCAAUGCAGGAUACAACACUGAUACUGCUGCCGCACAAGCAGGGGGUGCUCGGCUUGGGACCGGCCACUGCCAGGUGCACACCAACUUGCCGCUGGAGCCCGAGAAUUCGGUAGCCCUGCAACAGAACGUUUUCGAAUCCCCUGCUGGACAUGCUGCCAGCCUUGGCGGAAACGCAAUGGAUGAGGACCUUAUCAACCUGCUCUCACCCGAAUUGCAGCAGACUUUGACCAGUCUGCAAGGGCUCCCCUAG